AUUUUAAUUCCAAAAAGAACAAAACUUGAUUUAAUAUAAGAUUCAUGUCCGACCACCCUUUGUUGUAUCCAUCAUUGCAACUGUUACUGGGUUGUGUGUUUUUCAAUUUAUACUCAAUUCUGCUGGUGUCAGCUCAAAACAGACUUUCGGAGGACCUCACUCAUUCUACAAAUUUAGGGUUUUUCUGGGUGCAAUUUUGCAACUUUUUUUCUGGGUUAUGAUGGAGAGUUCAGCUUCUGAGCUUCAACAUGGAGAGGAAUCCACGUCGGAUGCCUCUGAUCAGCCCCAGGUGAUUUUAUGCAAUGUUCAGGUUCAUGAUCAACAGGGAAAAAAUGAAGAAACUUCCUUGGUUCAACAGUCAAGACGGCCAAACCUCUCCUCAUUGCAAAUACCAGCAAGGACACUGGAAAGUAGUUUGUCUGCUUUUACGAGGAUUGAUAUUCCUUCCGUACCAAGUCCUAGUUCUACUAGAGCUGGACUGCCCCCUAGACCAAAUUCAGCUAAGAUCAAAUCAUCCAUGAAAAAUUUGUUUCCUCAAAAAAGCUUUAGGGCGAAAAAUUUGCCCCUGGAUGGUGAGAAGACCAUUCUCAUUAUACCAGAUACACCUUCAUCAGAUGGUCAUUUGGCAAAGCCUUCUACUUCAAGGUCUUUCUCGCUUAAUAAGGUUUUCUUCUCUCCAUCAAUGAAAGCAACACAUUCUUUACCAGUUACACCAAGUGCAAAUGUGGGUUCUGAGACUGUGCAGGGCAGACAUCUGGAGAGUCAUUCUGAUUUCUCUAAAAUGGAAGUUAAGCAGCAUAUGUCCCGAUCAUUAUCGGUUCCAGUAAAUGUUAAAACCAGAAGUUUAAGGAGGAUGGAUUCCGGAGGCAUGAUGCGUGUAAUUUCAGCAACUCCACGUCCUUCAAUAGUUGAGGGUGCCUCACCGAAUGCUGCCCCAGCAUUGGAAACCUCUACUGAAGAUUCUGGUGAAGACAUUCCUGAAGAAGAAGCCGUUUGCAGGAUUUGUUUGGUUGAGCUUUCGGAAGGUGGUGAUACUCUUAAAAUGGAGUGCAGCUGCAAAGGAGAGCUGGCACUUGCUCACAAAGAUUGUGCAGUAAAGUGGUUUAGCAUUAAAGGGAACAAGACCUGUGAAGUCUGCAAGCAGGAUGUUCAAAACUUACCUGUAACACUACUCAAAAUACACAAUCCUCAAACAAUUAUUAGACGACCACCAACAGUAAUGCAGCAGAGGGAAGUCCCUCGUUACAGGGUCUGGCAGGACAUACCAGUUCUUGUCCUGGUCAGCAUGCUUGCAUAUUUCUGCUUUCUGGAGCAACUUCUGGUAUCUGACUUGGGUCCUCGUGCUCUUGCCAUUUCUUUACCCUUCUCUUGUGUUUUAGGUCUCCUUUCAUCCAUGAUUGCUUCAACAAUGGUGAGCAGGAGCUACAUAUGGGCUUAUGCCUCCUUCCAGUUUGCCAUCGUGAUCCUGUUUGCUCACAUAUUUUAUACUCUACUUAAUGUAAAUCCGAUUCUCUCAGUCCUCCUUUCCUCAUUCACUGGCUUUGGGAUUGCAAUCAGCACAAAUUCUCUUCUGGUGGAGUAUCUUAGAUGGAAAUCCAGCAGACAACUGCAAUCUUCCCAUCAACAUGCUAGCAGUGCACUGCAUCUUCAUGAACUACAGCUGCAGCAGCACCUGCAAGAGCACCAGCAGUGGCAGCAGCAAGAGCAAUAUCAACGCCAUUACCAGCAACAACGACGGCAACGUUUGAUGGAAGAUUCGCAGAAUCAGUAUCAGCAACGACAACAGCAGUUGCAGCAGCAAGAACAAGAACAAGAUCAUUAUCAACACCAACAGGAGCAACAACUGGAGGAAGAUCUGAAUGUGGAUGGUCCCAGGCUGCUAGAAAUUAGACAUGGCACGUAGUUCAAAAAGACUCAGCAAUUUUGGUUUCUUUGAUAGAUUAAAUGGGUUGUACGGGCAAGAGUUCAGUCAGGAAUCAGACGCGAGUGCCUGAACAAGAGAGGCAUGUUGUAGGGAUACUCAGGAUUCCAAGUAAGGCUGACUGGAUGGUAUGUUGUAUUCACAAGCCUGAGCUCAACUCAUUUACAGACUUUAGCGUAAGCAAAAAGGUGUCAAGCAUGAUGAUAUUUUGCUCGUCAAUGAGGAGAGUGAAAUGCCCCCAUCAGAACUUGACAUUAUCAUAAGAAAUUUCAUAAA